AUGGCCACUGUUUUCAAAAAGCUCACUGCAGUGGCGCAGGGUCAGCCAUUCAGAGACGCUUCUCACUCUGCUGCAGCUGCACCCGCCGCAGCACCAGCCGCAGCCCCAGCGCCGACAGCCGCCGCUCCAGCAGCAGCAGCAGCAGCCCUCGCGCCCCAACCCGCAGCAGCAGCCCAGCCGAGCGCCGUCUCGCCAGUGCCCAACGUCUUUCUGCAGAAUCUCAAGCUCGGCAGCGGCAUUUCCGACGACGACGAUGCCACUGGCGCUGCGGCCGCCGCCGAGACUGACGUACGUGCCUUCCUCUGUGCUUCGGAUCUGACUUGGUUGCAUCACAUUAGCCAGAGUGAAAACAUUGCCAUGCUUCACACGCAAAUUCACGCAUGCGACAGCAUCCUCGAGAACAUGGAAAAGCUGCUGGGUGCUUUCCAGUCAGACCUGGGCAGCAUUUCGUCUGAAAUCCAAACUCUGCAAGAUCAGUCGUUGACCAUGAACAUCAAGUUGAAGAAUCGCAAGGACGUCAAGGAUCACCUUCACGCCUUUGUGACAGAGUCUGUCAUUUCACAGGAGCUCAUCGAAAAUAUCUGCGAGCGCGAGGUGAACGAAGCCUAUAUCGGCUACGUCGCCGAGCUGGACCGCAAGCUCAAUUUUUACGCAAAGCAGCAAAAGCAAAUGCAGGUGCUGGCGCUCAUCGAAACCGCUCCCGUUCUCGAGCGUCUCCGAAUCAAAGCCACCACCAAGAUUCGCGAGUUCUUGAUGUCCAGGCUGGCCGGUUUGCGAAAGCCCAUGGCCAACUACCAAAUGAUCCAACAGGGCAUCGUCAAGUUCAAGUACUUUAACCAGUUCUUGAUGAAGCACCACAGGGCGACUGCCGCCGAAGUGCGCAACGAGUACAUUGACACGAUGGGAAAAAUCUACUACUCGCUGUUCAAGCAGUAUCUGACAACCCUGCUCAAACUCCAGUACGAGGAGCUGGCAGACAAGGACGACUUGAUUGGUUUGGAGGACUCGGCAAAAAAGAGCUUCUUCUCGAGCAAGCUGAACCUGAAGAACAAGUCCAACGUGUUUGUUCUCGGCGAGCGCAGCAACGUGCUAAAAGAAAUCGAGGCGCCAGUCAUUGCCAUCGCUGCUGCCAAGCACCAGAGCCAGCAAUACUCGUACGAGGCUGUUUUCCGCUCCUUCCACUUUUCGCUCGUCGACAAUGCCCAGUCCGAGUACGUCUUCAUGUCCGAGUUCUUUGAUGUCAUUGGCAUUGAUGCGAACGACAUUUUCAACGGCGUUUUCGGCAAGCCUGCGCUCGUGUUUUCGAAACACCUCGAGACCUAUCUCCCCAACUGCUUCGAUGCCAUUGGCCUGUUCCUGUGCGUGUCGAUCAACACACACUUCCAGCUUCUCAUGGCUCGGAAGGGCAUUCCUUGCUUUGAUCAGUACUUUGAGCGGAUUCAGCAGGCAUUGAUGUCCCGCUUCAAACACAUUCUCGAGGCACACAUUGACAGCUUGAUCACUCGUCGUUAUGCAGAAUUUGCUUCCGCUAUCGUUGUGUUGAACGAAGAGUACCGAGACGAUCAAGUCGCCACGUAUUUGGCUCGCAUGCGCACUGCCAUGACGACUUUGAUUACGACCAUGGCCUCUGGUUUCAAGACCCACAAGGAGCAGCUUGUCUUUUUGAUUAACAAUUACGACAUGAUUCUUGGGUUGCUGAGCGAGCGCAUCAAUAACUCGAGCGACGCCGAGUUCUUCCAGUCGCUGCUUCAAAAGCACACGCAAGAGUUUGUGGAAGAGACGUUGUCGCCAUCGUUCGGCAUGAUGGUUGCCUUUGUCAAAGAGUUUGAGCCACAGCUCGAAGAUCCGGCCAAGGCCGCCACUAUUCAAGUGGACAAUGCUCGAGUGGAACGAAUCGUGCGCUCGUUCGGAGGCGAAUGGAAGCGUGCCAUUGACACCAUCAACGGCGAUGUGCUCAAGACCUUUUCCAACUUCAAGAACGGCACUGCCAUUCUGCAGGCUGUUCUCACACAGCUCAUUCUGUACUACCAGCGCUUCCAGAAUGCGAUGGGCAAAGCGCCGUUCAAAAAUCUGCCGAUUCGCAAUGAAUUGAUCAACAUCCACAACGUCCUGGUCGAGGUCAAGCGACACAAGGCGACCUUUUAAAGAAUGCCUGUGUAAAUCACCCCCCCCCCCCCACAGCCAAACUCCAAUUGUCGGCACAACCUCGAUGAUCGGCGGACAUGGUUUUUGACAUUAACGGUUUUAUUUUGUU